AAAGCGGAAACUACUUGUCAGCGGGCAAAGUAGGAUUUCUUCAAAACAUUUGUUGUUGUUUUUUCUGCUGGCUUCUAACAUUUUUGUUUCCAGCCCCAUAAUGCCUCUGUCCACGCAAUCUCAAAGUCAAGAUCAGCAGUAUGUUCUGGUAGCCAAUUUGGAUAACGCUCGCAAUCUCUCCAAUAUCCUGAAAGCCAUCACCUGCAGGGACCACGCCAUCUUCACAGCAACAGCAAACGGCCUGAAGGUCACAGUGGAGGACUGCAAAUGCAUGCAAGCCAAUGCCUUCAUUCAGGCAGAUAUCUUUCAAGAGUUCACAUUAAAAGAAGAUAUGGUUAUUUUUCAAAUUAAUCUUACUGUUCUGCUCGACUGCCUGAAUAUCUUUGGAGGAAGCACAGCAGCAGGAGCAUCAACGGCUCUGCGAAUGUGCUACAUGGGGUAUGGUCAUCCUCUGACAUUGUUCCUGGAGGAGGGUGGUGUAGUGACCGUCUGCAAAAUUAACACACAAGAACCAGAAGAACCAAUUGAUUUUGAGUUCUCCAGCUCCAAUGUCACAAACAAGGUCAUUCUUCAGUCAGAGAGUCUAAAGGAAGCCUUUUCUGAACUGGACAUGACCAGCGAGGUGCUGCAGAUCACCAUGUCCCCCAGCCAGCCGUACUUCAGGUUGUCCACAUUUGGAAACUCUGGAAAUGCUCAUUAUGAUUACUCCAAGGAUUCAGAUAUGAUGGAGCUUUUUCAGUGCAGCACGACACAAACCAACAGAUACAAGAUGUCCUUACUAAAGCCGUCCACCAAAGCCUUGUCUAUAUCCUGUAAAGUCUCAGUGAGGACCGACAGCAGGGGCCUUCUUUCUCUGCAGUACCUGGUCAGGAAUGAUGAUGGUCAGAUCUGCUUUGUAGAAUAUUUCUGUUGUCCUGAUGAAGAGGUAGAGGAGGAGUAACAGCUGAUUUGUUGUGGCCCUAAGCUCCUCAAGGUCUGCUGGGAUAAAUGGCUUUAUUUGACCACACAGCCAUAAAAGCUUGAGCAGGCAGUAGAAAAGCUAUGGGUAUCCUUAGUUCUAGUCUUCUUGAAAGCCUGAAAAUGUCAACUGUUGGAAUUCAUAUUUCUCAUUUUCAUAAAUAAAAUCUCCAGACUUGAAUUGAGUAACACAAUGUUUAGAUUUUAGCGAUUAACUUGUUCACACUUGUGUUUUUUGACUCAUCAUUGUCCACCCAGUCCUGUCAUGUAUCCGUCUGUAGUUUUGCGAAAGUCAAACUCAAAAGUUCUGGGUUGAGUAAAUUCCAUUUAAGUUUAAUGUCGUAAUAUGUUAAUAUUUAUGCAGGUAUCAAGUAUCUGUUCAUGAUUAUUCUUUGUACAGCAAAUAUUUGACUCAUCUGACACACAAUGGACCCCAGGUGAAACGAGUACACUGAGGAAUAACGUACUUUUUUGUGGUACACAUUCAAAGUACACCGGAAAAUUCAAAUUUUUUUUUAUACAAAACAAUUUAUAUCAAGCCUGGUUCAUUUAACAGCAUGUAUUUUUAUUAAAAAGGACUGUAAAUACUUAAGAUGUGUUGUAAAAUAAAGAUUUGUACAUGGCCAA